AUGGCAGGAGCAACAGCAUCAUCACACACCUCGGAGGAUGCGUUUGUCAAGUCUGUGAACGACAAACACUCCGCUCCACUAUGGACAGUCCUACACAAGAUGGUGCCUCCAUUCCCGAACCCCAAAGCCACGCCCACGGUCUGGAAAUAUGACGAGAUGCGACCUUUGUUGAUGGAAGCGGGAAGGAUCGUCGGGGCAGAAGAAGCGGAGAGACGGGUGCUCAUGUUGGUGAAUAAGACAAUGGAGGCUCCAUAUACCACCGACACAGUGUAUGCUGGACUUCAGCUUGUGCUUCCGGGAGAGACUGCUCCCGCUCACAGACAUGUUGCUUUCGCUCUCCGGUUUAUCAUCGAAGGUGAAAACGGCUUCACAGCUGUUGAAGGCCAAAAGAUUCCCAUGUCAAGAGGAGAUGUCAUCCUCACUCCCCAAUGGCAUUGGCACGACCACGGAAACGAAGGCAAAGAGCCAAUGAUCUGGCUGGACGGGCUGGACCUUCCACUUUUCCGCAGCAUGCCAGUGAACUUUGCCGAGAACUACACGGACUCUCGGUAUCCAAGUUUGGCGAGUCCCGAAAGCCAUUUCCGGUUUCCCUGGAAAGAUACCAAAGCCGCAUUGGAUAAAACGGGGUUUCCUUAUGCCGUUUACCACUACAACCAAAGGGGACGCAAACAUCUGUCCGAAACCAUCGGCGGACAAGCAGAGAAAAUCGCGGCUGGCGCGACUUCGCCCGAGUCUCGCGAAACCUGUUCCUUUGUCUACCACGUCGAGAGCGGAGCGGGCGUUACAACACUCAGCUGCCAGGAUGGCACGCAGGCAGAGAUCAAGUGGACGGCCAAAGACACGUUUGCGGUCCCGUCAUGGGCCAAGAUCCAACACACGACAACUUCCAAGGAAGACGCUUAUCUCUUCGCGAUCAAUGAUCGGCCAAUCCUAGAGAGUUUGGGUAACCGGAAAUUCGCUCAACUUCAUAACGUACUGGUUCUUGGUUUGUCGAUUCGAAGAGUCACUCAGCUGAGUAUUAUUGGCAAUAGAUGCCAGAAUUCCGAAACGAGUUGCAUGGAGCAUAACCAUCACCGUUGGGGAACAACACCGCAAAGAUGUAAAUUGGACGAAGCUCUUGACUCAGUAAUCCCGGAGACUACCCAGCCACUCCAAGACGCGGAGGAAAUGCUGCCACAGUGUGGCGACGACCUUGACGCGCCUGGGCGUCCAAUAGUGAAACUAGUCAACGAUCAGCAACACGAGCAGGCCAAAUCCAAGAGUCCCGCCCACGUCAUGCUUGCGCGAAUCCAGAGCCAAAGCACACAGUUCAGGAUGGCGAGUAAUGACUUUCAGAAUUCUCUGCACCAUCUCAAGCGGGAGCUGAUCAACCAUCAAGUCCGGAGUGAGAUUGCCGAACUCAACUCUCCAACCGCCCUUCGUCGUUUCGGCGCGCCCUUCAAAUCGGAGUUCGGGGAAGUAGCCCCAGUUGAUUCUGAGCUUCCCAUUCUACGAUACAUAUUCGUUCGCCAUGUGCGCAACUUUCCCUUCCUCGACCAGGCCAAGGAGAAGGAGUUUUGGCAAGAUAAACUGCAAGUUUUCCUCGAGUCUUUUGCGAACAAACACAUAUCUUCCUCUGAAGACCGCCACGAGGUGACCAAGCGGCGGAAGAUUGCGCUAAAAUGCGAGAAACUGGUUGAAUUGAUGAUGGUCUCCGGCAUCCGUACCUCGUCCGGAUAUGAGGAGCGAAUUCGGUUUUCAGAAAUGGAGGUUGUGGACCGGGGUGCCAACGAGCAGGGGUUGCUGGUCAACAUUCCUGAUGGGCACUCUAUCAAUGGGUGGGAUGUCAAUGUCGCAGGCGUCAGAACCACGUUGGUGAAACGAACAGUGAGAUAUCAUCAGCAUGCGGAAUUCCUGCUCAGAGUUCGACGCCAGGGCAAGCCUGAUAUAUAUGUCGGCCGUCGGUUUGGAGAUUUCGCUCAACUACAUAGGAGGUUACGGACAGAGCUCCCAGGAAAGAUCCUGCCGCCACUUCCGAGGAAAAACAAAAGUUCGAUGUCCACCUUCUUAGGGGGCGCUGACGACGAUGCGUCCUCCGUCUCGUCGAUUUCAACGGACGUUGGCCCACUCGAAGAGAAUGGGAACGGUUCCACAAGGAAUCUGCUUUUCCCAAAUUACCUUGGACAAUCACCCUCCCGUUCAUCAUUGAAAUCGAGAGACUCUCCCAGAGCAUCCGGUGAUUUAAAAAUCGAACCUGUAACACUGGUUGCUGCAACCGUAUAUCAUCUUUUCCUUGCAGAGGACAAUUCCCCGGAGUUGUUCGCGCAGGCGAAAAGAAUUCAUUCCCUAAUUCCGUAUACUCUCCUAAAGAACGUGAUUCGGAUCGCGAACCCUGCUGCUGUUAUGUCCGGUGUUUUGGAUCUCUUCCUUGCUCAGCCUUUCGGAUCUAGAUCUCUUUUACAACGAAUUUUCUCGAUGGCUAUUCAUGAUGGAAUGAAGGCUUUUCAAAAAUCAAUCGACGCGCUAUCAACUAGAAUAGGAGAUCCUGUGUUGAUUGAAAAGCUUCGAGCAUUCACAUACGCGGAUGAAGAUUUGAAGAACUAUAUACGGCAAGAAGCAGAAGAUGACGAUGUGGAUAUCAUUGUCGCUAUCCUGCGCUCGGAACAGAUCGACCCGCAAUUGAACACAAGUCAAAUUGAAAAAAUAUUCAACUCAUACGUUGCUUGGGUCAGUGCGGUUGAGAGUGUCGAGUUUGGAAUGCUGCAAGACGCCCAAUGGUUUGCAUACUUGAAACAACUGUUGAAAUUGUUAACAAGGCAGCGAGACAAAGCCAUGAUGUUAAACAUCAUCGAAGAGCCCGUGACUUUGCAACUGUUUCGAGACCUUUUCACUGUGUUCUACGAGCCCCUUGUUCGUGUGUACAAAUCCGCCAAUGUUUAUAACAGCAUAACAGACUUUGCAGCAUUUGCAAACGAUGCGAUAUCCGUAAUUGAGCAUGCGCAAAGGCAAGACGUCUCAGCAGACCCGAAUCAAACUGUACAAGCGUUUAUAGAUUUGUGCGUUCGCCAUCAGCAAAGUUUUUAUAAAUUUGUCCAUGAGGUCCACGUUCAUGACAAUGGGCUCUUUGAUGCUUUGAUGGGUUGGCUGGAAGACAUCCUGGGAUUCCUCCGCGAGGGCCCGAAAGGCACACUCGAUAUGAAUGCAUUGUUCCAAGGAGCCGUAUCAGUCAGCCAAAUCAACAAAGAUGUGGCAAUCCAGGAGAUUAACUCUCUUGUUAAGUGGCACACAGACCGAAAGAAGUGGCAUCAUGACAAGACGAAACAGAAAAUGGCAGCUGAAGGAGCGUCGAUUGAAUCAGCGCCUGGAAGCGCCACGUUUAAAAGCAGUGAUUUCGGGUUGAACGAGGCCGACCUUGAAGAUCUAGCCAUCUCGGAUGAGGCAUCAGACACUUCCGAUGAGGACUCAGCAGAUGAUGAGCUAGACCCCAUCACCGCAGAGCGAAAACGCCGUGCAAAGAGGCAGGAUCGCUUGCGGCGCACCGCUGGCGAACCAGUGAAGCCAGAGAUUCGAGAAAUACUCAAACUCCAAGAUUCUUUUACCCAGAUGCUGAGACUGGUUUUGGCCGAAUAG